AUGUCUGCAUCAAGUGCAGUACAAACGAAUUUCAGUAGUAACAUUAAUUUCACGGCAAGCUGGUACGAACCAACACCGGAAGAAGAAGAAAAGGCAGCAAAAAUGUUGCGAUCGGAGCGCGAAAAGUCGUGCGAAACUGCAUCGCCGAAAGGAACAGACCAAGGGGAAGGCCAAAAUCCGGAAGUGCAAUCGACUGAAAUGUCCGUCCUGUAUAAAGCAUCCAAUGGACGACAAAUCGAGAUCGAUAUUCUGGAUUCGGCCAAUGUAAAGAAGUACGAAAAGUUGGUACAGAAUGAACUCAUAAAAUCUCCCUUCAAGCGACGUUUGUCCGGCGAGUCGAGCAGUGAAGAAACCGAUGAGAAAACGACCCCUGGGAUGGAUCCCGAUGCAGAUGGGGAAGUAGAGGGUCAACAAAGUGGUGGCCAGUGGAAACGAAGCAAAAGGCACGAGAAUGAUCACGGUAGUUGGCGCUUGCGGCGCGAAAGUUCCAGCUCCGGUGCGUCUAGUCAGAACAGCCGCAAGCAGCUAGAGUAUGAAACGGAUGAGGCCGUGCUGGUCCGUCGUCAGAAGCAGAUCGAUUACGGCAAGAAUACGCUGGGUUAUGAGAACUAUAUCCAACAAAUACCAAAUAGACAUGAACGCACCAAGGAGCAUCCCACAACACCGCAAAAGCAUCUGAAAUACAGUCGCCGUGCAUGGGACGGGCUGAUACGGGUUUGGCGUAAGCAGUUGCACUGCUUUGAUCCCAACAACACCCUCGAAGAAAACGCCUGA